AUGUUUGCGAAUUUCAUUUCUAUGACAAUUCAAGGACCACCAGCAACAACAAGCACGAUUCCUACCAAAGGCAAUGGAACAGUUAAACCUAAUGAGAUGUCUAUUAGAUUUACACCAGAAAAAGGUGUACUUGGUAAAUCACUUGUCGUAUUGUGUAAUUCCAAUGGUAUCCCCAAACCGGCUUACACUAUAUUUCAUAAUGGUAGUGUAGUCAGUUUUGAAAUGGCAUAUUCCGUAAGUGAAGUGAAGCUGAAUGAUGCUGGUACAUAUGAAUGCCUCGCGAAGAAUACAUUGGGGAAUGUCACAGCCUCGUCUUUUUUAACCGUUUCAGACCAAUCAUGUUAUAAUUGUAACGGCAGUUCUGGAACGAAAUGGCAUAUCAUUGUUGUGACGUUGGUGUCUGGAAUUAUCAUUGGCGUUAUUAUUUCCUACAUUGUCUCAUGUUCUCGUCUUAAGUUCAGAAAUAGAAAACCUCAAAAUACAAACCCUGAACCUGCGACAUCUGAAGUUAAUACAAACUAUCAAGAACUUGAUCUUAGAAAAAUCAACACGGAAGACAAUUAUCAAUCUUUAGCAAAAAACGACGGUGCAAAGAACGAUGACUCUACUUACACGCAGUUAAGCAGCACCAGAGAUCAAGAAAACAAUUAUCAAUCGUUAACUUAAAAUAGGAAUGCUUUAUAUUUUUUGAAAAUUUUUCUCGUCGUUCAUGUCCCUUAGGUCAGUGUUAGGUCAGUGAUACAUACAUUGGCUGAACCAUCUCUUCUAGAAUGAGAAUAAUUCCCUGCAUGGCGCAUUCACACAUGGUAUAUACGCAAAGCACACUACGUAAACGUGAUCAUUGUCAAAUAUCGUGAUGUCAUAACUUUCUCUAUAACCAAAUAAAUUGUAUUUCA